UCUCUCCUUUCUAAUAAGAAACCUCAAAGCUGUGACCGUCAAGUGUGUUUUUAGGUUUCCACAAUGAAGAAAAAAGGUGGACUAAAGAGAAAGAUUCCGAUUGAGACACGUGAGACUAACGCACAACGAUCGGUGACUUGCAACAAACGCCGUAAAACAAUCUUCUCUAAAUCCGCCGAUCUUUGUCGUCUCGGCGGUGCAAAUAUCGCCGUCUUUGUAACAUCUCCAGCCGAGAGUUCUGAUGUCGUAUACUCUUUUUCCGGCUACUCUUCUUCGUCCGAGAUUGCUGAUUGCUACUUCAACGGCAAGCCACCUCCCAAGAAGUUUGACCCCCAAGCCAAAUUAGGGUUUUGGUGGGAAGACCCUAAUCUUUAUCGUAACUGUGAUGAUCUCUCGGAGUUGAAUAUCAUAGAGGAUCGUCUUGAGAGAUUGAAGAAGUAUAUAAUGGAAUGUCUUGAGAAGAAAGAAAAACUAGAACUUGGUUCUCUCGACGAGAUUACUUGCGGGUCUGAUCAAAACCCGAACUUUUCUCGCGACCAGAUUUAUGAAAACGCUUCUUCUUCUUCACAAGUUAAUCAAAAACCUAACUUUUCUCUCGACGAGAUUUAUGGCAACGUUUCUUCUUCUUCACAAGUUAACGUUGAUCAAAACCCUAACUUUUCUCGCGACCAUAUAUAUGACGAGCAUUCUUCUUCACAAGUAGAUCAAAACCCUAGCUCCUCCGUUGAUCAAAGUGGGUUAUCUUAUUUAGAGCAAUCUUGUGAAUUCGUGAACGGUACCGGCUUUGGAUUUACCGAUGGGUUUUGGGAAACAAAGGAAGAGAACAACUCGAUGAGUCUAACCCAAGAAACAGAAACACAGACGAUGGUAAAUGUUUAUGAGGAUAGCUUUUGUAAUAAUCAAUUUAAGGAUAACGUGUUUGGUCUCAACAACUACAAUCCUCAGGACAUGCUCGACAUUGGAGAAUUUUUUUAUGAAGAAGAUAUCGAAUUACUCCACUCUAAUCAGUUCGCAGCUUGAAUCGUUCGUAUAUUGUUUAGUCAGGGUUUUAAUUUCUAAACCAAGUUAUUAACUACCAUUAAUGUUUUUUCCGUAUAUGUAAUGAUCCAGAAACAUGUUGUUAAUUUUGUUUCAUAUUAGAAUUAUAUAAAACAAUUUUCUAUAAAUCAUUUUGUUUUGUUGAUUUACAUGUUAUAGUAACCAGAACAUCAAUAUCAGGAUUAAUUAGUAUCAUAAGUUAAAAACUCUGGAAUCUGGAUAUCAUAAGUCUUUAUGGAAUUAUUUUAGGAUAGUAGAAAAGAAGAUAUGACAUAUUCCACUGUUAAACAACAAAAAGGUAUAAUUACAUAAAAACUUGGGAAGUGGCAUUGCAUAAAAAGCAAAACGAAGAAAAACUGACUUAUGUUCUGCUUUAUAGUCUAAUGAACUAGCUGCAUCAUAACACAUGCAACUGUAAUGCUGUUGCUGGUGUCUCUCCUCUGCUCAAGGCAUUGCUUUAGCCUUGAGGUUCAAACAAAGAUGAAAUUAAAAAGUGUGAGUAUGAAUUAUGUAAACGACAUCAUCGAUAUGCAAGCUUUGGUUCUAUGGGAAGACGAAUGCAUCAAUGGAUAUCAUCAUGAAUCGCUAGAAUGGUCAGAUGGGUUACCACUUCGCCUGUUCCGUUUUUAGUUAACAUUAAUUAGUUCUUAAGCCUCUAAUGAAAUGCAAGAUAACUAGUAUUCUUAUCAUAAUGUUUGUUGGAUCGUUAUAUGUGUUUGGUUUAAUGCUUGAUGAAUGCAAUUUGAUUGUUGCUAAAAUUAAAUAAAAGUGGUGUUUCUAUACUGAAUGAUGAUGACAAGUUUAAUCACAAAACUUUUGGGUUGGGUUCUCCUUUUUUUUUUUUUUUGAGUUUUGUUGAUAUAAAUAUAGAACCACAAACAAAAAGUGUCUUGUUUUGAUUUGAAAAGGUAUAGUUCGUAGUUAUGGAUAAAAGUUAAAAGAAAAUUAGACUAUUUAAAUUUAGCUAAUAUUUUCAUGAACUUCAGUUUCUUCUAUCUAGUUUCACAGAAUUUGGUCCUAGUUCAGCUAGUACAAAACAAUAUUACAGUUUAGAAUAAAAGUAAAAUAAAAAUAGAUUCAACUCUGGUUUGAAAACUUCGAUUAGUUUUGUUUAUUUAUGUCC